AAUUAAUUUGCUAUUAUUUUUUAAAAUUCUAUAAAUUAAUAUUAAAAUUUUAAAAAAUUUAUUAAAUUAUAUUUAUCAAUUUAAUUUUAUAAUCAAAAUAAUAAUAACAGUCGUUCAACGCACGAGUAAGCUACUGGUUUGACUUAACUCUAAAAAAAAAAAGAAAAGAAAGAGCUAUUAAAACUAUCAAUUUAAAGACUAUAUUUAAAAAAAAAAAAUGAAGAAAGAAAGAGACUGGGCGUUUUGAUAUGAGGUUAGAAAAAUACUUUAGGCUUUUCCAAUUGGGCUUGACCUAAAGGCUCAUUAAUCUCUGUUUAGCCGAAAGUGACCCAUUAAAGAAGAAAGCAAUUUGUUUGACGCCCAAGACUCCUACAUUGCUACAAACUUCUUCAUUUCAAAAAUCUUCUUUUCCUGGUCAAUUUAGGCCUUCUUUCUUUUCUUUUUCUCAUUUCCUUAUUUUGAUCUUAUUUACUUUGAUUCCGUAAUCCGAUUGUAUCUGGGAUUUCCUUCUCAGUCUUCUGAGUGUAUUACAAUGCGUAUAUGAACAUGUUCGUUUUGUAUGUUUUUACAGUCGCAAAUCACUAAGAAGCCCGAGUUAUUAAAACAGAGAAAUAUUGGAAGUCAGAAAAUGGGUAAUCUUUUCUGUUGCUUUCACCCUGAGGAUCCUGAAGAUAAUCAUGAUCCGAGCAGUUCUCAGAGAGUAGCCUGCAGCAUCCGUCUUGAUUGUUUAGUGCAUACCUUAUUCACCAAGUAUGCAGCAGUUUUCGACAAAGGAGAUGCGCCGAUCGUCCCUGAAGCCAUAAAUACACAAUCUGACACUACCACUGCUGCUACCACCACAGUUCCCCCACAGAACAUGUCCUUUGAUGUAAAUCCCAAUCACUCCCAUUUGCAACAGGAUGAAUUGAAUUUGCCUGGUGCAAAUGCAGCAGAAGCACGUCAAACACAGCACAAAGAUGUAGAAGAACAAUUGAGAGGUGGAAAUGGUACUGUUACAGACAAUACUAGUAGUGGAGUUACAUCAAAUGAGUACGAUUCCUCGACGUAUCCGAUUAGACACUCAAAGGAGAAAAUGGAACCUCAUCUUCUUAAUUUCUAUGCUUCCCUUGACGAUGAGGAUGUCUGCCCCACAUGCCUAGAAGAGUACACUUUUGAUAAUCCGCGGAUAGUGACAGAAUGCAAGCACCAUUACCACCUUGGUUGUAUAUAUGAAUGGCAGGAAAGAAGCGAACACUGUCCUGUUUGCGACAAGGUGAUGGUAUUUCAUGAAACAACCUGAAGAUUCUCAGUAGCCUAGCUGCAGGAUGCAAGACUUGAAGAUGCAUGAUACAGCUCACGCACAUAUUUCUUGUUUUUUCAUACUUAAAUUGGAAUAUAUACAGAUUCAUUUUCGCAAGCAAUUCACCUUAUUUUCUAGGCUCAUUUCUUGGGAUUUUUUCUUUCAUGAAAUUUGUUUCGCAUGUUUAAGCACAGAAAUGAAAAACUACUUUCCUUGUGUCAAAAUGUGCAGCAGAUGGAUGGUGGAAACUUCAUUGACUAUUUAUGAACUACGCAAAUGUCAUAUAAUUUAUUGGGUGCAAUGGUAUUUACUUACUAAAACAUAUAAGAUCCUAGAGCUAUAAAAUCUUAGUACGUAAAAUGAAAGUUUCAGUGCUAAAGAAAAUCUUAUUAUUUCGUUUUCUUCUUUUAUUAUGAGUUAACCAACAAAUCGAUAGUUAAAUGAUUAAUUCUUUCACUAAUAGAAUGGACGAUUUUUUUUUUCUUUUUUAAUUUAGUUUUUGGUUUUGAACUAAAACCAACUAGAUUUCUUAUUGACUUUCUUUCCAAACUGUAUAAUAUAAUUAAUUAAUGGGAGAUUCUUACUUCCUUAAUGAUCAAACUGAGACUAAUGUUGGGUUUAUUUACAAAGCGAUGUUCAAAUUCGGAAGCUCAAAUAAUUCAUGGAUUUCUUCUUCUUCUUUAGCCUCUCGUACAGAUGACGAAACGCUGCCUUAAUUUUUAUUGGGGAACUU